UUUUUUAGAUCGUUUGACUAUAAGUUAAAUUGAGGUUACUUUACACUUGUUUAAGAAUGCCCAAAAUACAAUGUUUUGACUUUGGCUAAGUACGCGUUAUCCGAAUAAACAAUUCUGAUUAUUCGUUUCCCUUGGUUGGUUACAAGGUAUUUGGGUAACUGCGUUGUUAUAACACGUAAGGCUCCAACAGUCGUAAAAUCGCUUUAGAACAUAUAACACAAUACUGAAUUUUCUGGAAUAAAACAGCUGGAAAAGUGUGCAAUGUACCGUUCCAACAAGUGUUUGAUAAUUGAAUAAAUCUUUCAUCUUUUCUAAGCGUUCAACAGUGCACGAGCUUAACUACUAUCUUACAUAAUAUAGCGCAUGUGCAUGGUGUUAUGCGUCAGGUGCUGUAGGUGACGCAUUAGUGUUUGCAUCAUAGUUUAUCUGAAAUACUAUUAAAUCGGAAAUUAACUAUGUUGAUAUAAUAUGUAAAAAAAAUUAAGCAUUAUGGUUGAAAAUGCAGAUUUUUCGAAAGCAUGUGUUUAAAAAUACCCAAUUUAUAAAAGUUACCGCGACCUCUGAUAUUAUAUUUAGCCUGCAUUUGUAGUUUACCACAUUGAACUUGAAGGUUCCUGUUAAAGGUUACAUUGUGAAAUUCUGAUGUUCCAAGUAAUGUACAUUAUGCAUCCAUCAAUGUUAUAAAGAGCUGAAUAUAAUAGAUUAUAUUUAUUAUGAUGCAUUUCCUUCAUUUUUCUUCUAAGCUUCCAUUCUUAGCUCCAAAAGGAAGUUUUAGAAGAGUGCACAGAAAUUCCUUUAUAAGACAUUUUCACAACUCGGGUCCCAAUAUAUCUGCACCAAAGUUUCACUGGUGUGCACUAAGGAAACCAGUUGCUUUAAAUCAGAGUAAUAAUUGUCUGAAAAUUGGAACAUUAAUAUGUAGGUUUUUGACCCAAAAGUCUAUACCAAGUGUCCCAAUAAAAUUCAUUCCACCAUCAGAACUAAAAAGACUUCUUCAGUUAGCCAAACCAGAAAAAUGGAGGUUAACAGGGGCUGUAAUUUUACUCAUUGUUUCUAGUGCUGUCACCAUGGCUUUUCCUUUUUGCUUGGGGAAGAUAAUUGACAUUAUAUACACCAGUUCACCAAGUGAAAUGAAAGAAAAGCUUACUUUAAUUUGCCAAAUACUUGCUGUGGUUUUUUUUGUUGGUGGAGCAGCAAAUUUUGGUCGAGUCUAUUUGAUGAAUUAUUCAGGACAAAGAGUUAUUAAUAGACUGAGAAGAAUACUUUAUGAUUCAGUACUUAAACAGGAAGUUGCAUUCUUUGACAGAACCAAGACAGGCGAAAUCAUUAACCGUCUUUCAGCAGAUACAUCAUUAGUAGGUUGGUCAAUAACAAUGAAUAUCUCUGAUGGACUUAGGUCAUCUGUCUCUGUUGUAGCUGGAAUAUCAAUGAUGGUGUAUACAUCUCCAGAACUAGCCCUCGUAGGCUUGGUUACUGUUCCUCCAGUAGCUGGUCUUGCUAUUGUUUAUGGUCGAUACUUGCGUAAUAUAACUAAAGCUCUUCAGGACUCACUUGCAGAUUCCACACAGGUGGCAGAGGAAUACAUUUCAAACAUUCGAACUGUGAGGGCUUUUGCACAAGAAGAACAGGAAAGUCAUCGUUAUGGGAAAAAAAUUAGUGUAAUUCUACAAUUAACUAAAAAAGAAUCUCUUGCUCGAGCCAUUUUCUUUGGAUCUGCAGGUUUUUGUGGAAACCUUGUAGUUUUGACAGUUCUGUACUAUGGAGGUUUAAUGAUGACUGAAGCUCAUCUAACAGUUGGCGAUUUGUCAGCUUUUCUUAUGUAUGCAGCAUAUGUAGGAAUCUCCAUUGGAGGUUUAAGUUCUUUCUUCUCGGAGCUAAUGAGAGCACUUGGAGCAUCCACAAGACUAUGGGAGAUAGUAGACAGAGCUCCUGCAAUACCUCUUACUGGUGGACUUAAACCAACUGCUUUUAAAGGUGAUAUUGAGUUCCACGAUCUUACAUUUUGCUAUCCGAACCGACCAAAUGUGGUCAUUUUUGACAAGCUUAACCUCAGCAUACCAGCAGGAUCAGUGUUGGCUGUUGUAGGAAGAAGUGGAUCAGGAAAGUCCACUGUAGCAGCAAUGGUACUGAGGUUUUAUGAUCCCACCUCAGGUACAGUGACACUAGAUGGCAUAGAUAUCAGAACUUUGAGCCCUGAGUGGCUAAGAAGGCAUGUGGCAUUUGUUAAUCAAGAACCUGUAUUGUUUUCAACAUCCAUUAAGGAAAAUAUUAUAUAUGGUUGCUUCAAUCAGUCUGGUAAAGAAAUAUGUGAUGAUCUAGUCAUUGAAGCUGCAGAACAAGCCAAUGCUUGGAACUUUAUCCAGCAGUUUCCUGAAAAACUGAACACACUUGUUGGGGAGAGAGGUGUCAUGCUUUCAGGUGGACAAAAGCAGCGGAUAGCCAUAGCACGUGCCUUGAUAAAGGAUCCAAAAAUUUUGCUCUUGGAUGAAGCUACAAGUGCAUUAGAUGCCCACAGUGAAUACCUUGUUCAAGAAGCCUUGGAAAGACUAAUGAGAGGCCGUACUGUCAUAACCAUUGCCCACAGGUUGUCCACUAUUCGCAAUGCUGACAGAAUAGCAGUGUUACAUGAAAGAAGGAUAGCUGAAAUAGGAACCUACAAUGAACUAAUGUAUAAAGAGAAUGGUUUGUUUAGGAAUCUGGUAGAAAAACAGACUGUUACUGCUUGAAGUGUGAAAAGUAUGUGAAAACCUAGUAUAAGGUAUUUAUAUAAGGAGAUAUUCAUUUUACUAUGUGUUAAAAGUUUUUUUUUAGAUGAAAUAUAUUAUAAAAGUCCUUAAAAAGUAAAAACUUAUUAAGAGAAUCAGGACUUAACACAGCUCCAAACAAUUUCCUAAAUGUUGAUAGAAAUAAAGUAUCUUUUGUUUUAUUAGUAUUGUCUUUUUUUAACAUAAAUGUGUUUAAUAUACAAAAGUAUUUCUAGCAGGCCAUACAGACACUUGAUACUAUUUCCAGUUGUAGUGGGAAGGAAUGAAUGUUUCAAUGCUCUUACCAGAUUUUAGUAACUUUUUCUGAAUGAAAUGUAACUUAUAAUUGUUAGGAUAAUUAAAAAGAACAGAAAACGAAUAAUAUAUAAGUUACAAUGUAAUAUUUUUGCAUUUUAUGAAAGAAGUAGAAAUAUUUAAUUUGACAAAAAUUUUCAUUAUCAUAUGUGAUGUCAAGUGCAGAAAAUAUCAAUGUUUUAAGACUGUGCAUAUAUAAUCUCAUGUCAGUGAUGUCUCAGAUAAUUCUUUGGGAAAGUGUUUGCCACAGAAACCUGUUAAACAAAUGCACAUGGGACUGAUCCACUGAAUCAACCCUGUAUUGGAGAAGGAAUAUUGAUUAUAAUUACAAAUUUACUAUAUGUGUCUACACAAAAUGUGGCAAGCUUAUAGUAAAAUAUACAACUCUGUUUUUAUGUGUUAUAAAAGUAUUUGUACUCAAGAUAUGUCUGUAAAUUGAUGACAUCAGUCUGACUCAGACUCUGACAAGUUGUAGUACAUGGUGAUGUUCAGGUGAAAAAUAAAAAUACUUUUAUAUAUCGUGCAUUCUGGAUAUUACAUUUGCAUAACUUCUGAAAUGCAUAUCUGCAGUAUUUUUCUCUAUCUCUGUAUAUCGUAUUUACCAAGAACUGUUUUAAAUUAGAAUUGUAGGGUAAAAUGAAUAUUUAAUAACUCUGAAAUCAAAUACAUAAUACCAUAUUAAAUGGCUCUCUGUAAAAGAUUGUGGCAUAUGUACUUUGACCCCACCAGUGCACAUAGGAUUAAAUGCUUACAAAAUUAUUUAAUUGCUUGAAUAUACAAAAUGUAUUAGUUUUGCCAGAAGUGCAUAAUUUGAAGUUAAUUUCUUUUGUUUUUAUAUGAAGAUUUACUUUUUAAGGUUUUGUGUGUGAACUCUGAGUUUUAAUGAAAUUUUAGUAAAAGAAGACAAUAGUACUACUGUUUUUUCAACAUGUGAUAUAAACAAACGGGAUUCACUAUUAUUUAAUGUUGAAAAUGCAUCUUUUUUAACCUGCCUUGUAUUGUAGAAAUGUUUCAGCAAAAGCAAGCUAUAGAAGUAUAGUUUAAUUUUUGACAGUGUUAUGUUAUAAAACCGUGUCCUUCUGUACUUCUCUUUAAAAUGGCAUGUGUGCACUGUCAGCUUAUUACAUUUUUAUUGUGUGUUUUUUCUAGUUUCUUACUAGUGAUUAUUAGGUUCUAAAAUACUGUAUUUUAUUAGGUCUAAAAUUCCUCAUAUAUUUUUGUAAAACAUUAACCUAAAUUGUUUCUUUGACAUGCUUAAAAUAUUGUUUGCGCAUGAAUAUUGAAUUUUUAAGCUGUUGCACACGUAACUUACCAACAUCAUAUAGCAAUAUUCACACAAUAUCAUUGACUAGGUGCUUGAAAUAACAGUGACUUGUGCUAGACUUUAUUAAAAUGGUGAAAUGUUAAAACACAAAUAAAUUAUCACUUGGAAAUAGACGAAAAUGUUCCUAGAUCACAACAUUUGAAUUAACAUUUAAAGACAAAUGCAUUAAAAGAGGGACUUAGUGAAAAGUCCACUAUUCUGUUAACUUGUAUUGUGCUACUGUAAAAGAAGACUAAGAAUUACAAAGUGUGUUUUAUAAUCAUGUGAAUAAGUUUGUAUAUGAAAGGCAUUGUUCAUUUGAAAAAUUUGCAGUUGAUCCAUGAAGAUAAAUUGUAGGAUUAAAAUAAGGGUAAAAAACACUUUUGGUAUUUCUUUACCUCUACAAACUGGUCUGUAUGUUGACACACAUAAUUAAAGGAAAUUGUAAGAUGUCCAAACAUUCUGUAAGCCAUAUAUAAGAUAAUCAUUUCCUUGCUUCAUACAGUCUGUCUUUUCCAGCCAGUUUCUAAUGUAUUACCUCAAUUUGUGGUAGUGACAAUUACCAGUG